CUAGCGCAGCCAGCGCAGCCUCUCGUGCAGCUUCAGCCUGCUGUAGACACUCGCCUCAUCGGCAAACCAGAGCUGUUCUACGGGGAGCGUGCAAAAUGGAGCGACUGGGCUUUUAUCUUUCGAGCUUACUUAGCAGCGAUAGAUGCAAAGAACGUAGACCUUGACCAGCCGUGGAAGGCGUCACUAAGUUCGCAGCUUUACUACUUGAUGGUAAUGCUGUUCCGCUCAGCAGCCCAGGACAAAAUGUCCACUGUGUCCUCCGGAGAGGGACUGGAGGCAUGGAGACAGUCGGUCCUUGACUGGGACCCCAAGAUCCGCACGAGGGGGGUCGGGUUGCUGAUCAGGAUACUCACCGCGACGUUCAGCGGGGACAUCCCGCAGAGCUUAGAUCAGUUUGAACAUCUGAUCCGUGAGUACGAGCAGCAGUCGAAAAAGGUCUGCGACGAAGAUCUUAAGAUUGGCCUGGUGGUGGUCAACAUGCAGGACACCGACGUCCAACAACACCUUGUGAAGAACGCAAGCAGGUUGGACACCUGGAAGGCCAUGAAGGAGGAGCUGCUCGACAUGGCGCGAACCACGCAGUACCUGAACUCCUGGCCCAAAUCUAUGGAGCUAGGCGCCAAGGCAAAGGCGGAAGCCAACAAGGAGAAGGAGUGCUUCUACUGCCACAAGAAGGGGCACAUCGCCGCGGAGUGCAGGAAGAAGGCGAGGGACAACCAGGCUAGGCUAGCAGCGGCCCCUGAGGCCGCGCAGCAGGGCGGUGCAGGACCCCCGCCUACGGUGCAACCGGUGGCCGGUCUCGUGCAGAUCGGGCAGGAGGGGGUGCAGCAUGGGUACUUGAUGCCAUUAUGCUCACCGAGCGACUCCGGCGAAAUGCUGGCCCCCAUGCCUCAGAGAGUCAUGGUCGACACAGGCGCUGGCAGGUCCGUGUAUCCGGCUGGUUUUGACCCCGGGGCAGAGCCGGACAGCUCUGUCAAACCAACCGCGCUGACGACGGCGACGGGGGAAGAAGUGAACCUUUCGGACGGGAAGAGGUCUCACUUCCAGGCAAACGACGGCAGUGGCGUUGUCUUGCUGCACAGUGACAGCGACAAGGUCACGGUUCCUGUCGUCUCGGCGCCAGAGUCGACCGAGGAAGGCAACUGGCUGGUAUUUGGCCCUGGGGUACAGCGAAUCAUAGGGCCAGACCACGCCGAGCACCUCAAGGAAGCCGUGCGCCAAUCGAGCGGAUUGGACAUGGUAAAGGAUAGGGGGGUGCACUGGCUGGAAGUGUGGGGGGCGACAGGGCAGGAAGAGGCGAGGCAGCCCUGCCCAGGGAAGGCAGCAAGGAAAACGCCCACCCCGGCUGAACAACAACCAGAGGCACCUGAUGCCGCGCAACCAGCAGCGCAAGGGGAGGCCCCGAGGCCGAACGUGCAACAAGGAGGGUCGUCCUCGAGCGCGUCCGGCGCUAUGCGCCCAGACCCGGCGCUGCCUGACCAACGGCCGCCUACGCUGAUGCCAGACUCGGAGGAGCCACGGGCGCCGCGAGCAAAAGCCAUACCACCAACUGUGAGCAAGGCGGAGUGGGACGCGCACCAGCUAACCCAUCUGCCGUUCAGGUCGCGGUGUGAAAGCUGCGUCACAGGCAAGGCCGCCGAAGACCCCCACCGGCAGCUUGAGCAGGCCCCCGACGGAGCAACGCCGAAAGUGUGCAUGGAUUAUUUUUUCCUCACGCAGAAGGCGGUGGAGAAGGAGAUGUACGCUGUGUUGAACGUGCUGGGCGCGAAGUCCGGCGCCCCGUUUUCAGGCAUGGUCAACCAAAAGGGUGGCGACGACCACGCGUUGGCAAUCGCCCACGAAGGAGUGCGCUUCGCAGGCAGGACAAACUUGAUUGCAUGUUGUGAUGGCGAGAACGCUAUCAACAAGCUGUGCGACAAGUUUCUGGAAACCCGGCCUUCCGGACAUACUGUCACGAAGGUGAACGCACCGAAGGGCAGUAGUCAGAGCGCAGGGCUGAUUGAGCGCAGCAAUUACGAGGUUGAGAAGGAGUACAGGGCCGUGAAGCACAGGCUGGAGUCCGUCUACAAGCAGGCGUCCCCGCUCAACCACAAGGUGCAGCCCUGGCUUGUGAGACACUCGAGUUGGCUCAUCGUCCGUUUUCUCGUCAAGGCAGACGGCAAGACGCCGUGCGAGCGCCUGCGCGGCAAGCCAUACAACCCAUACAACGGCGAGAUUGUCGAGUUCGGGGAGUGCGUCUACCACAAGAGUCCUCUUAGCGAAGUGGGCAAAGCGGACGACCGCUGGCACCUUGGUGUCUGGCUCGGGAAAUCCAUGCGAUCAGACGAGCACCUGGUUGGCACUGCCAAGGGAGUGCUGUUGCGCAGGUCGAUAUGGAGGAGGCCAGAGAAGGACAGGUGGGACGCGCAGCUGCUUGACCGAUUCGUCGGCUCUCCUUGGGCCCCGGUGCCCCCAGGAGUCAAGGAAGUCAAGCCCCGUGAGGUGUACAUCACCCUCGACCGGAUCGAGCUGAAAAGGAAGACGCCGCCAAUCGGAGGCAGGAAGCGCAACCAGCGGCACUUGAUACCGCGCAGCCAGCAGCGGCACCUGAUGCCGUACAACGUGUAG